CCAUUCCUAGGGGAUAGAGGGCUGAGUUUUGUUCGCUUCCAUCCAUUCUGCGAGACCCCCUCAAUCCCAGCCUAUCCCUCCUGUGCCCAGGAACAACCUCCGCGCUCAUCAUUCCCCCGUUUAUUUGUCUGUUGGAGCACAAGUCCUGGAUUCAGCAGUGUCCUGAAGCUUUUUCUAUAUUAUUAUUAUUAUUAUAUAGAUCAUUUUUUUACCAUUUCUGUGGCUGCUGGACUUUUUUUCCUUGUUGUUGCUGUGCCUGAUGCUGUGUAAGCUGGGAUGACACCACACUGAGAUCCUCCAGCGAAAAGAUUAUUGAUUGCGCCUGUCUCUGGCUGCUGCACGUUUAGCGCUGUACUUUGCCCCCUCUCUGCCGGCGUCUCUUCCCUCCAUGUAACCACUGGCAGCCAGUGCAGUUGUUUUUUUUGUUUCAGCCAAUCCGGGACACAUUGAAGAAAAGCGAGACUUGAAACUGGGCUUUUCUCCUAAACUCAUCCUGGGGAGUCAAGUCAUCGAAUAGAUUCCCAUCGCCAAGGAGGCAGAUACACUCACACACACACAUUACAAUUUAUUUUUUAUCUUUUUUUUAGCAUCUCCUUGUGAUUGCCAUUUUUUUUUUUUAAAUUCCCUUCAACUCUGAACCUGUUUGGCAGGAGCUGGUUUUGCCCAAAUUUGUUUUAAUGUUUGGGAUUCAGGAAAAUAUACCAAGAGGUGGGACGACCAUGAAAGAAGAACCGCUGGGAGGUGGGAUGAAUCCAGUCCGGUCAUGGAUGCAUACAGCAGGGGUAGUGGAUGCUAACACCGCCGCCCAAAGCGGCGUGGGUCUGGCUCGGGCACAUUUCGAGAAGCAGCCGCCUUCCAACCUCAGGAAAUCCAAUUUUUUCCACUUCGUCCUAGCCAUGUAUGACAGACAGGGGCAGCCGGUGGAGAUUGAGAGGACAACUUUUGUGGACUUUGUGGAGAAGGACAAAGAACCCAACAGUGAGAAAACCAACAAUGGGAUUCACUACAAACUGCAAUUAUUGUACAGCAAUGGAGUCAGGACAGAACAAGAUUUGUAUGUACGGCUAAUAGAUUCAAUGACCAAACAGGCAAUUAUCUACGAAGGGCAAGACAAAAAUCCUGAAAUGUGCAGAGUUCUCUUGACACACGAAAUUAUGUGCAGCCGGUGCUGUGACAAGAAAAGUUGUGGCAACAGAAACGAGACCCCCUCAGACCCUGUUAUCAUUGACAGAUUCUUCCUGAAGUUUUUCCUCAAAUGCAAUCAGAACUGCCUGAAAAAUGCGGGGAAUCCAAGGGAUAUGCGAAGAUUCCAGGUUGUUGUAUCAACAACAGUCAACGUGGAUGGCCAUGUCCUGGCUGUCUCAGACAACAUGUUUGUUCACAACAAUUCCAAACAUGGGAGGCGGGCGCGCCGUCUUGACCCCUCAGAAGGUACGGCCCCUUCUUAUCUGGAAAAUGUAGCUACCCCCUGCAUAAAAGCGAUCAGCCCCAGUGAAGGAUGGACAACCGGUGGAGCUACGGUGAUCAUUAUAGGCGAUAACUUCUUUGAUGGCUUACAAGUUGUUUUUGGAACCAUGUUGGUGUGGAGUGAGCUGAUAACACCCCAUGCCAUCAGAGUUCAGACCCCACCAAGGCACAUUCCUGGCGUUGUUGAAGUAACUCUUUCCUACAAGUCAAAGCAGUUCUGUAAAGGCGCUCCCGGCCGAUUUGUAUAUACCGCUCUGAAUGAACCAACCAUAGACUAUGGAUUUCAAAGAUUACAAAAAGUCAUUCCAAGGCAUCCAGGGGACCCAGAACGGUUACCAAAGGAAGUAUUACUGAAGCGAGCGGCAGACCUCGUUGAAGCCCUCUAUGGAAUGCCACACAACAACCAGGAAAUAAUCCUGAAACGAGCAGCUGACAUUGCUGAAGCAUUAUACAGUGUGCCACGCAAUCACAACCAGAUCCCUUCACUUGCCAACACUCCAUCUCACAGCGGGAUGAUGGGAGUAAACUCUUUCAGCAGCCAGCUAGCAGUUAAUGUUUCAGAGACCUCUCAAGCUAAUGACCAAGUAGGUUACAGUCGCAACACAAGCAGUGUUUCUCCACGAGGAUAUGUCCCCAGCAGCACUCCACAGCAGUCUAAUUACAACACAGUUAGCAAUAGCAUGAAUGGCUAUGGAAAUGCUGGCAUGCCCAACUUAGGAGUUCCUGGAUCACCUGGAUUCCUUAAUGGCUCUUCGGCUAACUCUCCUUACGGCAUAGUGCCGUCGAGCCCUACCAUGGCAGCCUCUUCCGUCACCCUCCCUUCAAACUGUAGCAGUACACACGGCAUUUUCUCAUUCUCACCUGCCAAUGUCAUCUCUGCAGUAAAACAAAAGAGCGCCUUUGCUCCCGUUGUCAGGCCCCAAGCUUCCCCUCCACCAUCUUGCACCAGUGCAAAUGGAAAUGGACUUCAAGACAUGUAUUUCAGUCCCACUUUCUCAAAAUCUUGAAAUUCGUAAAGAUAGAACAAGUGCCGCAUAAUCAUCAAGCUUCAGAAGAAAGCUUCAGGGGACACAUUUAGUCUAUUAAAGGAUCACUGAAGGAAUACAGUAUCUUCAGAGGAAAAAAAAAAAAUCAUCGAGACGUUAAAUGCUACAAACAGUUUGUUUAAAGAUUUUAUUUGAACUAUAAGAAACCAACAUGCAAAUGAGCGACUUCUUCAUGAACAAUUCCAUUUCGUC